GGGUAUUAAAAGUUGAUUAUGCACCUUUUAGAAAGUCUCUUAUGGUAACAUAUUAAUAAAACAAAUUCGGUGUGGCAACUUUAACACCAGUGUAUGGGGAGUGCUUUGAUAGAACGUGCAGAGAAGACGACGGGCGUCAAUUGGGAGUGUUGUCAAACUGCUGGCGUCUUCUGAUCGUUUCCGGUAAACAAUCGGUCCCUGAUUGAACGGCGCUAGGGGCGUUUGACGCCUUACCGCCUUAGAUGUUUCUCGUGGGCGUUCGACGCCUAGGGCGAUCUUGAUUAAAUUAUAUAUAAGCAUUUAAGGACGGUCUUUUUUCGGAAUCUUCCGUUUUUGUACUUAAUCAAUAGGACCUUAAUUAAUUCGAAAGGGAAUUGAGAGAGAAAUUUUCGCACACGAACAAACACUUCGAAACAAAAUUAGGUCUUCUCCUCUCCCCCUCUUUUCCUCCUUCGCUAUCGCCUUCCACCCCUUCCUUCCCUGUACUUUAUUGGUAUGAUAGAUUGGAGGCUUUUCUUUAACAUGAGUAAAAUUUUAGCAAAACCGGAUAAUACUUUAUAUAACCAAUUAGUAAGACUACUUGAACUAAGUGAACAUCACCCGUGCUUGGUUAGAAAGUUGGUACUUUAAAGAUUGUAUAUCCUUAAUACCUGAAAGUCGGAUUUUAGCUCUUUUUCGAAAGUUUAAUACUUCAAAGAUUUUCCAGGCACCUGGUAAUUGACUUGAAAACGUGGGCGGGAGGCGCUACACUGCUGUGACGUAACCAUGACAUAACCAGCGGCCAACAGGAAACUUUCUACAUUCUAACCUCUUACUUAGUGACCAUUCUGCUAAUUAUAGGCAGAUGACGCGGUCUGUUGAUCAAACAGAGCCGAGGAGGGUUUAUAAGGCGGGUGCUGAACACGAGUUGAUCAUUCAAGGAUGGACAGGCAAACGAGAAGGAAGCUAGUAAAAACCGCCGUAGAGAAGAGAAGGCGCGAGAGGAUCAAUAAUUGUUUAGAGCAGAUAAGGAAAUUAGUUUUAACUGCCGCAGGCCAAAGACCCGAAGACCAAGAAACAAUGGAAAAAGCUGAAAUAUUAGAAUUAGCUGUUCAACAUUUAACUGGCUACGUAAAGAGAAUAUCAAAAGAUAUGGAAGUGAGAAGGCAUAUGUACGUGAAUUGUCAGCCUUAUGGACAAGUUUAUAACGCAAACUAUCGGCCACCUCUAUCGGAUAUUCGAAAUACAAAAAGGAAACUUUCAUACGGAAACGAAGAGAAUAAAGAGAAUAUUGAGAAUGAAAGGGUUUGGCGUCCUUGGUAAUAUAUAUCUACAAGGAAAACUGGAAUUAUUUCGUAUGCAACUAAUGGGAAAAAAAGGAAGAAGAUAUGUCAAAACUCUUCUUUCCUUUUCCUUUCUUUACUUCUCUCAUUAAAAAAGAAAACUGCAGAUUUGUGCCAAAACCAUUCUCUUAUUAUUAUAAAAUUAUCUUGUUGAGGAAAUCUUCUUCUUGGGAUCAAUG